UCCGCCGCUCGACGGGGGUCUGGACCGAAAGUGGUCCUGAUCUCUCGGGAUGCUGGAGCAGCAUAAACGCGGCAACUGUGUUAGCGGUAAUUGACAGCUGCCGAAAAGCAGCCGCGCAGGCUGCGAAUCGCGACGACGCCGAGAGCGGCGCGCGUGCGCACGCGAUCCGGGGAGCGAUCGAGCGAGCGAUCGAACGAACGAGCGGCGUGAUCGUGAGGGGAGAGAAAAAUCACGACGCGUAAGCGACGUUUCGAACUCGGAAGUGAUAUUCUCUCGGUCCGUUCCUUCGUCCGACCGACCGACCGUCCGUCCGCGCUCCUCAGGGACGUUCGGUGGCCAUACUCGGUUCGACGGGAGCACGAGAUUCGCCGAGAUUGCCGUGCCGUGCGACAGAGAGGCUCCUCUUUAAAGACCCGAGCGUGUGUUUACAGUUCCGCGUGGCCACUCUUUGCUAUCUCUCGCGUGCCGACGCGCCACGUUCAGUUCAAGAGGAAGAGAGACAGAGAGAUAGAGGAGGGGAGGGGGGAGGCCUAUCCCUUUGAACCGCUCUUUCUCGUAUUUUUAAUUUUGACGAAUAGACAAGUGCGCCUGCCUCGUACAGGGAGGGAAGAGAGAGAGAGAGAGAGAGAGAGUCUCUGCACCGUGAUAAGAGAGACUAGUGUUGAAUCUUCGGAUUGCGCCUCGCGGAGUGCCUCGAAAUUGAUGGAAAGUUAACACUCGAUAAUUGUUUAUCGAAGAAUAAAAUGUAGCGCCGUAGUGUCACUUGUGAUCUGCAUUACAAGAGGAAUAAAAUGUAAAGGCCGCCGCCAAUUAUGUUACGGACAGCUAAAGUAAAUAACGGAACAUCGGCCGUCAUGUGUCCGUUUGAAAUGGGCUUUACGCUUUAGCAGUUUUCAUCGGUUUACGCGGUAUUUGGGAGAUCGGUUGAACCAAGAAGACCUGAGAGAAACGCGACGUUUCUAUAUUGCGGAAUUUCCAGGAUACGGCAGGUUGCGGGGAAAUCAUUCUUUUCCCGGAUCUUGUUCGUACGAAUGGUAUCGCGAUAUUGUUAUCGAUAUGUCGACGUUGAUCCUCUUCGAGAUCGCUCGAGUUCUUGACUAAAAUCUCAUCGUCGAAUAUGAUGUGUCGCGGUAGUAGACGACACGGCUGAGGAGAACACCUGUUGUUCAGGAUGGCAGCGGGACGAUGUGAGUGAGACGAAGAUUCAUCUGGGAAAAGCUCUCGAUCUUGCGAGAGCGCAAUUUGCGCUUUUCUCGACUACCCAGAUAUGCGGACGGUGCAGCGAUGUUCGUGCGCUCUUCUUUCUUGAAGUCUUGAACCACUUUCGAUUUUACAGCGAUUCUCUGGAGACACCAUGAACCUGGAGCGGCCUACGAUGGAUGGGCAACAGCCGCUCUUCCUAGGUAGCAUUUCCAGCUGGGGUGGUAUCUCCAACCCUCAACAGGCAACUGUGCAGACCGGCGCACCGUCCGAGCACUACGGCAGGCCGCUGAGUCUGAAUAUUUGCAUAUCUGAUUCGGGUCACGAGAUACUACGUCCGAAGCCACGACGACCGAGCGGCGGCAACAGUCGCGAGAUAUACUGUCCACCUUACACCAAGGACUUCACCGAAAAUUCCCCUAAAAGCGGAGUCCACGAUAUGGUGCAUAUGAUACCGGAAAGGGACACGGACAGCGUGGCACUGACUCCGACGCCACAGCAUCCGCGUCAUUCGCAACACCAUCAUCUCAGUUUACACGAGCUCCGUGCACUUCAGAGGCGGCCAGAAUGUACUGGCAACAGCUCUUCCGAUGAGAAUCGAUCGUCCGGACAUGCGAGCAUGUCAGACACCGGUGGCCACACGAGCAGCAGCUCACCGCCGCAUCGCCACCACAGAUCCAACAGUCCCCAGCAGCUGAACGCUGUGCCCGAGGACGACCGACUGUCGGCGUCGGUCACCCAGAGAAACGGCAAAAGCCGAUCCGGCCAGAGUCGCAACCGGCAUCGAGCCACUCCUGCCAAGCUGCAAGUGCCAUGGUCGGGCUCCGGUCUGGAAGACAUAAAGCUGGCGAUUCAGCAACUGACGAUGCGCUCCCACAAAUCCUCGUCGACGUAUUCUUCGCUGAGCGGCUCGGAGAGCUCGGAGCCAGCGGUGAGGAGGCUGAUGCGACACUCCAGCCUGGAGACGAUCAACACCAACGUGACCAGCGCCGACGAGUUCGUUUGGGUGGAUUCUCACAAUCGUCUGGUCGAACUGCAGCAGCUACCCUGGACUCACCACGACGUGCUGCGCGUACUGCAGAACGGCCGCACGAGAGAGCACAUGGAGCAGGUCUCGAUGGAGACAAUCCCGCGGCUCUCUUAUCUGCUGCAGCGUGCGCUAGUCCGAGUCAGCCGCGAGACGCAGCGACUGGCGAAGCUCGUGGGCCUCUGCAGCAAGCACGAGGUGUACAGCGCCUUUAAGAUCGUGCUUUGUCCGGCGCUGGCGGAUUCUUGCACCAAGGCUUGCCUGCGAGCUGCCGCAAUGUUUGCCGUAUCUGGCGAUCAGCUGAAACAAUCGAAGGCAUCCCGUUCGGGGUUGCAAUUGCCGGUCGGACGUUUUUUACGUUGGAUGUCCGACGUGAGACUCGGAAGGAUGAUACACGAGUACGCGGCGAUAUAUCUGACGGCCGGGAUCGAGAAUCUCCUGGAGGAGAUACUGCUGCAAUGUGUACCGGCCGAGCCGCAUACGAUCCUUACGGCGACGAUGCUGGAGCACGCUAUAGCCAACAGCGGCGACUUAUGGGGCCUGUUGCAGCCAUACGCGCAUCUCAAUGCCGGCCGAACCGCAUCAGGCGCUCUGGCAAUGCCUCGAUGGGCGAGCGUGAGUUCCCUAAACUCGUCGUCGUCGUCGCGCAGCGGGCGAGACGCGGUCGGCUCGACUUUAGAACCGUCGUUACUUACGACGUGCGUGGGGUCCAUGCCGGAGUUGAUCGAUUUGAUUUCCAAAGUAGCGCACACCGGACGUUGCCCCAUCCCUCUGACAACAAGGGCGUUGCACGCCCUGUUUUACUACAUGAGGUGUUCGCAGCUGGAGCACGGUGAACGUGGCUCCGGAAUACAGGAAUUGGCGUACGAGCGAGCUUACGUGGUGCUCCCACCGUUAGUGGAAUGGCUACGGGUAGCCGCAGCACACACCGAGCACAGACACGGCCUCGUCAUCGACCAAGAUGAUAUUAAUCAGGCUGCCCGAUUACUUUUGCCCGGCGUAGACUGUCCUGUUCGUCCAAUAAGCUCCGAGGAGGUCGCGAUAUGUUCCAAGCACAUCGACGACGCCGAGUACGUGCGCUUGCUGACGUUAGACAUGGCCUUCAAGAUGCUGAUCAGCGGCCGGGCGGAUCUGAUAGCCCAGGCGAUGCCGUUGCUGCCGUCGGCAUCGAAGAUCAACACAGUGAACGACGCCGGCUUCACAGCCCUGAUGUUGGCGUGCAUCAACGGCGACGAGUCGGCCGUGAUGGCUCUCCUGGACGCCGGGGCGGACUUGAACGUGGAGAGCCCGUCGACGAGCGGCCAAUCGUCCGGCACGCCUUCGAAGAUCCCGGCGUCCAACAUGCCGAACAACGUCCGAAGUUCGUCGAUCAAUCAGUCGGCGAUGAUGACGCCCGUGAAAGCAGCGCCGAGCGCGAAUCUGCCAUCCGGCAGCCCAGGCGGCCCCCCCGCCGCUCCGGGCAUCUGCCACACGCAGACCGGCUUCAACGCGGAGACGCAACACUGGACCGCGCUGACCUACGCGGCUCUGUCGGGCCACUGCAACGUCGCCAGAAUAUUACUCGAGCGAGGGGCCGCCGUGGAAGGCGGUGCGAAGCUUAGCGAGGACAAGUGCACGGUGACACCGCUGCAAGCGGCCGCUGCGUCAGGCAACAACGAAAUGCUGGCCUUGCUAUUGGCGCACGGCGCCCAACCGUUCCUCUCCACCCUCAUCAAGGACUCCUUCUCCUACUCGGGCUCGGCGCAACGCGGUUGUUACAGCGCGAUCUCGGUGGCGACAGCUCACGGGCAGAGAAGCUGUCUUCAUCAGCUGCUGUCGCAUCCGCUCAAUUUCACAGCUAAGCGAGGGGAAAAAGAGAUACUGUCCUUGGAGGAGAUACUGGCGGAAGGUAACGCCGGUGCUAAUUCUUCUCAACAGCAGACCGCCGAAGGGCGAGGAGAUCGCAGGGAAGGCAAAGAACCGGUGUUUAAUAAGGUGCAAACGAAGGCGCUGCAGGAAGCGAUGUAUCACAGUGCGGAAAGUAAUCAUUUAGAUAUCACGAUGGAACUUCGUGGCUUGAAAGUGGGCUGGACACUGCAUUGUUGGAUGCACAGUCUUGCGACAGCUCACGAGAUGAGACUGGACUCGGUUAUAGAUCAGCUACUUCAAGAUUUCCUUCAAGUCUGUCCGGAUGACUAUUCCACGCAGUUCGUGCAAGAGUGCCUGCCGCUUUUAUUCAAUAUUUUCAGAUAUAACAAGAAGGAAGGCACCACACUCUUGCUGGCCGAUAUCUUUUGCACGUGUUUCGGUUGGGAGCCGAUCAAACCGAUCAGAGACGCUACGCUAUCGAGCGGAUCAAGAAUCGACCCGAAAUUCGUGAAUAAUCCCGAACUGAGCGACGUGCAGUUUCGAGUGGAAGGUCGCGUUUUUUACGGUCACAAGAUUGUACUGGUUACAUCCUCGCCGAGAUUCAGGAACAUGUUAAGCUCCAAAUUAUGCGAAGGCAAUCCUCCCAUUGUGCAGAUCAAUGACAUAAGAUAUCAUAUAUUCCAGAUGGUCAUGGAAUUUCUUUAUCACGGCGGCUGCGCCACUCUGGAAGUCAAUCAAAGCGAUGUCCUGGAAUUAAUGGCAGCGGCCAAUUUUUUCCAGCUGGAUGGCUUGCUCAGAUAUUGCGAAGCGCAAUGUUCCACAAUGAUGGAUCUCGAUAAUAUCGUUUCCAUGUAUAUUCACGCGAAGGUGUAUAACGCAGCGCAGCUUUUGGAAUACUGUCAAGGAUUUCUGUUGCAAAACAUGGUGGCUCUUCUCACGUAUGACGAUUCAGUCAAACGUUUACUGUUCGCAAAGAAGUUACCGAAUCACGACGUUCUUGCGGGUCUGCUCCUCACUCUACAAUCACGAAUAAAAGCCAGGCGAUCUCAGCAACAAAACAAGAUAAAAGCAUAGAUUCACUACGUGCAAAGUUCUGCCUUCUACACAAUAUGUUUAUUCUAAGAAUUUUC